UCUUGAAUUGUUGCCGGAGCCCAAGUUUGAGAAUGUGUCUCUGGCAGACAUCCUGUCUUUGCGGGACAGCUGUCUAUGUGAAGAGGAGGUGUGGGCGGUGUGCGCAGAGUGCAUCCUGGCGCUGCAGAGCAUCCGACCAUCCCACCUAUUCCACACCCUAUGUAUAACACCAGACACUCUUGCCUUCAACGCCCAUGGGAAUGUUUGCUUCAUGGAGCAGCUCAGCGAUGAUCCAGAAGGCUCCUUUGUGCCUCCUGAAUUCGACAACACGGGCAGCACGUUUGAGCUGCAGCUGGUUCAUGACGAGGAUGAUGAUGAUGAUGAUGAUGGUUUUUUUCACCUCCUUUAUCCGCGGCUGCAGGGCCAUGUUUACUCUCUGGGCUCUACCCUUUCUGCCGCACUGAACUUUGUCAUCGAGCCAGAGCUAGAGGCAGAGCUGGGGGAAGAGAUCCAGAGGCUGUUGGAGCAGAUGCAGGAGGAAGAAGCCUGAAGGACUAGGCCGCUCCUGCAGGACAUCCUCUCUCUGGCUGAAGCAAGGCUGUCUCAUACCUCCUCUGUAGCUGUGUGCCGGAAACUGUCCUCUGUUGGGCGACGGGUGCUCUCCAUCGAAUCAGUAUCAACCUUUCAAGAUGGAUUUGAGGGCUCCUGGGAAGCAAGAUGGCAGCAUCCCAAACCCAGAUGUCUGCUUAAAAGGCUGAGCUCGGAUGAUACUACCAAAGACCUGUGUGUUGACACUUCUGUUAAAGCGAAUGGUCUGUCCAGGCAGCAGGUGUGCGGCGGCUGGGAUUCCUCUCUCUGGGCGGAGGACAUGGACGGUGGUGAAGGAGACGGCAUGACCUUGGCAGAUGAGUUGGACUGCAGGUCCCACAACAGCUCCCCGGUGCGGAGGAGAGCCCAGCAGAAGCUGAACAGGGUGAGGGGGGCUCUGAACCGCUCCUGCUCUGUACCGGACUCCAACAACCCGCCUUGUCUUUCCCCCCCGACUCACGGAGAUAUCAGUGUACCUGUAUCUGACCUCUCCGAGAUAGGAGCAGAUGAACACUUGAGCUGCAAGUCUGUCUGGAGCAACAGGCUCCCAAGAUUCAACCGGGGCAGGUCCUGUGAGUCUUACCUGCACGCUGAGGACUGUGGGAACUCAGUUGUGGACAUCCAAAUGUCACGAGGAAAUGAGGACGCUGCAGAGACAUUAUGCAGUGGGGAAACAAAGACUCAAGGUUGCUAUGAAUGUGAUUCCAAGGACUGCACCCAGGAUUCAGCAUCUUCCAGCACUUCCUGUCAGGAGCUGGAAAUGGAGCAGGACUCUUCUGAGGACCCGAGCUCGAUGAACCACAGCCUCUACAUUCCUAAUAACUACAUGACCAAAAGCAUGCUGUGCCUCAAUGAAGAAUCUCAGGAUGAGUGGAUCUCUCUGAGAGAGUUACUGACUCGCUGUGGACGGAAGCUGACAGUUAAUGAGCUAUGGGCUUUGUGUUACUCCUGCCUGUCCUCAUUGCAGACCUACAUUGACUUUCCAGCCUAUCUAUGCCUGGACACACUGCAUGUGGGCUGCGAAGGAGAAGUACUUUUCUUGAAACCUAAAAACAUAGGACCCCGAGAUGAGUUUUAUCUUGCUCCUGAAUAUCAAGAACAUGGAAUUGUGACUGAGAAGGUUUGCGUGUAUGGUGUUGCUGCUAUUCUCUGGGCUACAGCCAAGUUCAGUUUAUCACCUAAUCAAAAACUGGCGAUGCCUCGCAAACUGAAGAGACUGCUCCUGGAGAUGGCAAAGAGGACACCCAUUGAGAGACCUACCAUCGUCAUGGCUAAAAAAAGCUGUCGUGACUACUUAUCGUGUGAAGGGACAAAUGCUGAGAUUUUGUGGAACAACCUCAUCAGCAGAGUUCACCCGACAGCCUCAAAAUCCAGUGCUGCAGAUGAUUUAAAUGCAACUGCAACUCAACGAAGCUCAUGUGAAGAGUCUGCACAAAACAGUGGCUUUGUGCCAAUGGCCACUGAGAGCCGACUGGCUCCUGUGCCUGGCCCUGUUCCCCACAGCUAUCCAGUCAACAAGGAACACCAACUCCCAGAAGCCUUCACUUCCACUGCGACACACUUCACCCCCAUCAUCCUGAGCAAUGAAGGGUACCCAGAAGAGGAGAGACAACACCUUGGAGCUGCCAUUGUAGGGACUGUGGAUGGAUUCACAAUAAGCAGUGAACACUUCGAGGAAAGGGGCCUCGAUUUCACUUCACACUCUGAGUACCCUUUUCCUACACAGACUGAACCCAAUCUACAUAAACAUGAGUUGCCUAUUAAUUGGGGAGUCGUAACUAAAACUUCCAGCGACACGAUGCAAGUCUACUCUACUUCUACUCUCCCUGAUAUUUCCUGUCUUGAAGUCUCCCUUCCUCCGUCAUUAUCCUCUAACCUCAGUGGUUGUGGUGUUUUCAACAAUUACCUCUUCCGUCAGGAUCCCACAACAGGACAUCUUUCCUUAGUGCCUGUGCAGGUUAGGGCUCCCGAGUCUCUCCUCGGGUUGGAUAUAAAUCUCUCAAAGGUGCCACAGCCUUUACAGGGACUAAUCACACUUCCUGAGAGCACUGAUGGUCCAUUUAUUAACUGUCUGAAUAUUCCUGUGAGGCCUGGACCUCAGGAUUAUGGCCCACCAGCAUCCUCUUUCAAUGGCAGCUCCAUCAUUUCUGACAGUCCCCUGGAGCACAGUGUGCCCAUAGUUUACAAUGGACAAACAAAUCCAGGAUUACAAGAUAACAAACCGUCUCCUUCACAGUCCAUCUCCCCUAAAGUCCACCCUGCCCUACAGGAGGUGAUUGACCUGCUCAAGGGAGAGUUUUCACUUGAUGGGUGUUUGGACAAUGGACAUGAAGAGGACAUCACCAUGGGGGAGUACAUCUUCUCUUUGAAGGAUCUCCAGUUCGACACGUUUGCCAGUGUUGUAAAGGAAAGGUUCAGUGAUCUGUACUGGGAAGACGACUUGCUGGGUGUACUGCACUGCCUGGUUAACUACAGCCCAUCCACACUCGGCUGUAAUGAGCAGCCUCCAUCAAAGGCUGUGCAAAGGGCAGGCCUUACCCCACCCUCGAUAGCCACUGACUGGGGAGAGAAGAGAGAAGUUUACCUGCAUGGUUGUCUCGACCUGAACGGAAACAUUCACACGUCCAGUCGUGCUGCUGUGGAUUCUUGGGAAGGAUCUGAGGCGUUUCAUGGAGAAUAUGAGGCAGAACGUGCAGAUUUUAAAUUAAGAUCAGAGGAGAGUCAACACUACAUCUGUCAAGUUGUGAGCACUGACAGUUCGGACGCGGCGGUCAUGGAGGGAGGAGGUCAUUCAGCGGGGGGCAGCGAUGAAAGCCCCUCUGAAGCUGAGUUUCCAUCGGGGAGAGAGGAAGGGCUGACAGGGGCCCACGACGAGCAGAUGAGCCCCGACUGCUCUGAGGACAUGGAGGACAGUGACUCUCUGGUGUCGGAGCGACUGCUCUCGCCCAGAUCCAGAGCAGAGGGUCUGGGCCUCCGCUCCAGCCCGGCCUGGGCCUUGGCUUUCUCCGGACAAGACUGUUUCAGUCCGGAGGUUAUCCAGUAUGUAGUGAACCUGGGGCAGCACACAGAAUCACCAUGUCUGGAUGUGAAAACACAGGAACUGCAGCAGCAGCUGAUGAUUGAAACAAAGAACCUAAAGAAAACGAGAAAUUUCUACCAGAAGCUGAUUCAACAAGAGAGAAAAAACAAAGGUUCUGACAACAAACUGAUGCUGUCCAGACUCAAGUCCCAGCUUGAGGAACUUCGAUCCAAAGUGGUCUUCUUGGAUUGUGUGAAGAAAUACCUUGAGAUUCUGAGUGUGGACCAGUGGGGUUUUGAAGUUUCAUUACUCCCCUCCUUGGCUGUGUGUGGACCUGGCUCUUUGGACUUCCAGUCCUCAGAGGACCCAUCUGUUCUGAGCUUUACUACCUGCAAAGGGAAGAGCACUCUGCAAGCUGGCUCUCCUCUGGGCCUCAUGGCUUACCUCUACGCCAGAAAUGCUGCUGUGGAGGGCUACAUCCAGCAGUUCCUGUACACCUAUCGUUUCCUCUGCUCCCCUGAACAGUUACUGCAGUUCAUAACGGAUAAAUUCAUCACUGCUGCAAGGCAAGGGCCAGACAUGUCAGGAGACGGGGAAAAGAUGUUCCAUCGCAGUUUGGAGCUGCUCCAGUUCUGGAUAACAGACUUUAAACAGGUGGACUUCACACCUGAGUCCAGCCUUGUGGAUACGUUGGAAAGCUUCCUGAACACUGAGGUAAUUCCUGUAGACAGCCGAGGAGAGGCCUUUCUUGCUGCUCUCCACAACCCUCCUUGUACGACUUGGAGCCAAGGAAGAGGAAGCCUCAUCAGGCUUGAGGAGGAUGAUGAUUUCAUGUGUGUGCAUUCGUCUACUGAGGAUCUUGAGAGAAAGUGGAGAUUCCCCAGAGUAGUGGAGCCCUCUGCAUCCCUGCCUAAAGACAAGGCCUUCUCCAUCGCUACAGCCCUGCCUAUGCCUUGCUACGGCUCCCCAGUGGAUGACCUCUCCAACGUCUGCCUGCCCAGCGAGGAGCGACUCCCCUUCAGCAAGAAUGACUGCAGCGCACAGCACAUAACCCAGCAGCUCACCCUCCUGCAGCAGGAAAUGUUCCAAGGAUGUCAUCCAGUUCAUUUUCUCAACUCUAGAAUACAAGGAGUCAAAGACAAAGUGUCAACCCCAAACAAGAAUGUGUCCAAACAUGUCCCGCCAGCAGAGGGCAGCAGUCUACUUGUCUGUGAGGAGACGCCAACAGACAGCUUCCUCCAGCAGCUGCUCACAUAUGCUGACAGUGUUGCUAACUGGAUCUCUGCUGAAAUAGUCAUCUGUGACUCCAUCAAGACACAAGUUGCUUUGCUGACCAAGUAUCUGUGGAUAGGAAAACACUGCUACGAAUCAAGGAACUUUGCCACAGCCAUACAGGUCCUCGGAGGUCUGGAGAACGUGAUUGUCAGGCAAUUACCAGCUUGGAAACAUCUGUCUUCCAAGGUGUGUGAGAUCCUGGAGGAGCUACGAGCUGUGCAGGUGUUUCUAAAGAGUGACGACCUGUGUCUGAUGGGGGCAGACCACACGAGGAGAAGGCCCACCCUGCCGUCAGCGCACAUCCUGGCCAUGCACGUCCAGCAGCUGGAGAUCGGAGCGUUCACACUCACUACUGGAGCUUACAAGUGGACCAAGCUCAGGAGCAUAGCAAAGGUUGUGAGUCAGGUCCACGCCUUCCAGGAGGCUGUAUACCCCUACAGCCCCGACCGGGAUUUGCAGGCCUACCUUCGGCGCCGCAUCGCCUGGCUCGCCACCUCUGACACCCACCUCUUGGCCGGCGACAACGAUGCCAACUUCCAGCAGUCCAGCGAGCGACAAACACGGAAGAUCCAGGACACGCUGAGGAGGGUUAAGGCCACUUUCCAAUGAGCCCUGCUCCAGUCACAUCUCACAGCCAAGAGCGAGUCACCACCACCAGGUCAACACCUCAUGUCUGAGGCUCCGUGCCCAGGCCUAGACCCUCAGAUGCCUCUGUGGUCCUGGCAGCAGAGCCUUGUGGACUGGGAAACCUUUUCUGCUGUCAUAUGUACAGUCAAUGUCAAAUGUCCCUUAACUUAAGUCAAUAAAUCAAUUUAGAAUAUAUUACUGUUUAUUUAUUACACGGGUAGUUUCCCUCACAAAUCAGUUAGGCAUUUUUAUUCCACAAAGAGAAGUAAUGGGCAACGUUUAGGAGUUGCAAUGAUUCUUUCUCAGCUCGAAAAUUUAAAAAUCUUGAUCAUUAUUUGUGAAUUGACCCUCUAAUUUUAGCUUUUAAGCUUUUAAGGCCUCAUACGAUUGACAUGGCAGCAAUGCAGACUGCAUGUCCAACAUCAAGGCUGGGUUUACCAACAUGGGCAAAGGUGGCAACUGCACCAUUGCCCGAGACCCCACGGACCCCCAAAAGCCACACGGUUCACUGCGGAGCAAUGUGGUAAUAUGAUCAAAUGUAACUUUGUUUGGGAACAUGCACCACUAAAUCACAAUAUCAACUGGCACGAUGAGGUCCCUUAGGUGGAAUACUGCGUUUUUAGCAAAGACUCUAGGGAUGGCGAUGUCCGUCCAUCUGUCCAUCGGUCCACCUUCCUGGUCCAGACAGAAAUAUCUCAACAACAUGGAAAUCCAUGAAAUGUUGUGCAAAUAUUCAUGGUCCCUCGAGGAGGAAUCCAAAUGACUUUGAUGAUCCCUCGACUCUUCCUCUGGCGUGACCAUGAGAUUCACAUUCGUAGUUUUCAGUUAAAUGUCUCGACAACUCUUGGAUGGAUUGCCAUGCAAUUUAGUUCUGAUAAUCAUGUCCCACUCAGCAUAAAUUGUAACAACUCCGGUGAUCACUUCACUUUUCAUUCACCACCAUCUUCAGAUCAAAAAUGUAUUUUGUCCAAUACUGAUUUAUUACUAAAUAUCUGCAAAAUGAAUGACAUUCUCAUCAACUUCCGUUGCUAAUUAGCAGUUAGCAUGCUAAAAAGCUAAACUAAGCUCAUGAACAUGGUAAACGGCAUUUUGCAUGCUUAUUGUUAGCAUGUUUACAUACUGAAAGCACUAAUGUCUAAGUACAGCCUCUCAGAGUUUCUAUCUUGGCUCUGAGAGCCAGGUGAUACCAGAAGAAGAACUCGUCAAAAUGUCGGUUUCAGAAAUCAUCGGAUGCAUCCCCCCCUCUGAAUUCAAAGCUGUUCAACCAUUUCACAACCGGUUCUGAUGGAGUGUUCUGGCACCGUGUUACCUAAUCUUGAUGCCCUGUCUGGAAGAAGGGUGGAGGCAGCUUCUGGCUCUGAAAGUGAAGCCAAUGCAGAAGUGCCUUAAACCUGCAUUCUUUCCAAUGGACAGCAGGGUUGCAAAAAGUAGUCUGACUUUACAGAAGUCUAUGAGAAAAUGACUUCUCACUUGAUUAUUUACCUCAGUAAACAUUUUCCUGAUGAGUAUGGUCUCAAUCAUUAGUUUCAAGUAUUCUUCAUUACAGCAUGAUGUUCAUUUAGUUAAAAAAAAAGUAUAAUAUAGAUAGAUAGGGUAUGCGUUAGGUUGUGGCUACCUUGUGAUUUACUGGUAUUGACUUAGGUAUUGUCCAGUGUCGGUGUUUUCCAUGUUUUCAUCAUAGAACUUUUACCCUUUCUCAGUGUGUUUUUAGAUUAUGAAAGUUAAUUUUAACAUUUUGGUUGCCUGAAAAUGUCUUGUUCAGCAUUAGGAUGUACUUAGCAAUACUUAAGAUGCCAAAAUGCCAAACUCAAGGCUUCAAAACGGUGGUCCACAGACCUCACACAAACUAAGUCCACUUCAUAUAGUCUAUGUUCAAGACCAAGUUUCAAACCCCCCCCUGAGCAGUUAUAAAAUCUAUUUGAUGUUGCUGAAAUAUGUUUGACUUGUAAGAAACAAGCCAAAAUAUUGUAUUAUUUUGUGUUUAUUUGUCAUAUGGUUUGCUUAACCUACAACACAGGGUUUGUUCAUUUACCAAAUUAGAUUUUUAUGACUAGAUUGGUAAAUGAAUAUCUAAUAUUAAUCCCAUUCAAACAGCACAAUGUGAAAUAAUUGCAUUUUAUUAUCAACAGUGUGUUGCUGGACGAGCCUACUGUCCUAACAAUAUCUGAGCAUUACAGAGAAAAUGAUAACGAGAUAUCUGUGUGCAAAAUGUGAUUAGAGGAAUGAUGUUCAGUCUAUUUUUCUAUUUUCCUGCCCGCUCUCUCUCUCCGGGGUGUUCUGCCGUGAAACACACCGUGGAGAUGGAAUGUGACGUGCUCUGAAGAUUUGCUUAAUUUAGCCAAAUAAAUGAGAUUUUGUAAGCCUU